UGAAUUGGAGAGCUCAGUUGUUCAGUUGUUAACGGUCAUCUGCGCAAUGGCUCCCUCUGGUGUCUAAAGUGAGGAAAGCCAGGAUGGAGCCCCAGGUGAUGGAGUACGGCAUGGACCCUGUGAUUGUCGCCCACUACAAUCAUUGUGGGAAGUGGGACCGCCCACGCAGCAGUGGGGCCUCCAGAAUCACAGUGCUGCUGCUGAUCUGCAUUCUGAUCGUGCUGGAAAACGUGACCGUGCUACUGGCGCUGUGGAGGAACAAGCGCUUCCACAGCCGAAUGUACCUGCUCAUUGGCAACCUGGCGCUGUCCGACCUGCUGGCCGGCGUGGCGUACGCGGUCAACAUCUUCACCUCCGGCCGCCGCACCUUCUUCCUGACGCCGUGGCAGUGGCUGGCACGUGAGGGCAGCAUGUUUGUGGCCCUUAGCGCCUCCACUUUCAGCCUGCUGAUCAUCGGCAUCGAGCGUCACAUGACUAUGGUUCGCCUGCGGCCCUGCGAGGUGGCCCGGCGGGGCCGGCUGCUAUGCAUGCUGGGAGCUUGCUGGACGGUGUCCGUACUGCUCGGCGCCCUUCCCAGCCUGGGCUGGAACUGCAUCGGCAGCCUGCCCUCUUGCUCCACCGUGCUGCCUCUCUACCACAAGAGCUACCUAGCCUUCUGCAUCAGCAUCUUCACCGCGCUGCUGGUGGCCAUCCUCAUCCUCUACAUCCGCAUCUACUGGCUGGUGACGUCCAGCAGCAGGCGCGUGCGCGGCCGGCCCUCGGAGCACUCGCUGGGCCUCCUGCGCACCGUGGUCAUCGUGCUGGGCGUGUUCAUGGCGUGCUGGGCGCCCCUCUUCCUGCUGCUGCUGCUGGACGUGGACUGCCAGUCCGGGCGCUGCCCCGUUCUGUACCAGGUGGACUGGUUCAUCACCCUGGCUGUGCUGAACUCCGCCCUCAACCCGCUCAUUUACACCCUCUCCAGCCGGGAGAUGAGGGCCGCCUUCUUCAGACUGCUCUGCUGCGGCCAGCCCCACCUGACCUCCCCCCCACCCAAUGCAGUGCCCCCCAACUUAGCCACGGCCAUACCCACGGUGGAGAACAGCAGGUCCAGUCUUUAGCAGAGUGGAGCAGUGGGAGCAAGGCCCACUCACAUCCAAUGGGAAGUCCCCUCCUCUUUAACUGUAAAUCACCAGUGCCCCGAUUCCACCACCCCCAAGCCCUCAUUUCCUUCCAGCCCUAUCCACUUGCUCUCUGCAGCCUUAGUGAAG